AUGGCUUUCAAUAACCGCAAGUUCUCCAUGAACCGCUCCUCGGGCGUUCCUAGAGAGUCGACGACGACCAAGAUUACCAGGAGAUUCAGUACCAAUGAAAUGAGCAACAAUGAAAACGACUCCAAGAUCCAUCGUCAAUUCCGUAAUGCCCACGAAGGCCACAAAUCCCACGCCGGCCUUGACCCAACCCGUGCCUCUACCGGUGUAAUCUGGUGUACGGAGCGCGCCUACGAGCACGGCUUCCAAGAAGAGCCAGAGAAAUGGGCCAACCUAGGUCAAGGUGCCCCAGAGGUCGAUGACGAUAUUGAGGGCUCCUUCGACCGCCCAACCACCGUCGAUAUCUCCAUGACCGGACGAGAAUAUGGUCCUACGGCUGGUAUUAAGAGCCUCAGAGCGGCGGUGGCAAAUCUGUAUAAUGCGCAUCAUAGGGAGGGCAAGGAGAGCAAGUAUAGUUGGGAGAAUGUGUGUAUUGUGCCGGGUGGACGUGCGGGGCUCAUUCGUAUUGCGGCGGUGUUGAAUAAUGCGUAUCUGGGGUUUUUUAUUCCGGAUUAUACGGCGUAUAAUGAGAUGUUGUCUCUGUUCAAGAAUUUUGCAGCAAUUCCCUCACCCCUCGCCGAAUCUGAUCACUACCACAUCCACCCCAACAAGAUCGCCGAGGAGAUCGCCCGCGGAACAUCCGUCAUCCUGACUUCCAACCCGCGUAACCCUACUGGCAAGGUUGUCAAGAACCCCGAGCUGGCAGAGAUCCAAGACAUUUGCCGUGACAGAGCGACGUUGGUCAUGGAUGAGUUCUACGGUGGAUACAACUACACCAGUGACUGCGACGGCACGACUAUUUCCUCUGCUGAGAACAUCGACGAUGUUGAUGAGGACGAUGUGUUGAUCAUUGAUGGCUUGACUAAGCGCUUCAGACUUCCCGGAUGGAGAAUUGCGUGGAUCGUUGGUCCAAAAGAAUUCAUCAAAGCCAUCGGCUCCUGUGGUUCCUACCUAGACGGUGGCGCCAACGUGCCCUUCCAAGAAGCCGCAAUCCCCAUGCUCGAGCCCAACAAAGUGCGCGCCGAGAUGAAGGCUUUGCAAACACAUUUCCGCGACAAGCGCGACUAUGUCGUCAAGCGCCUCACCGAGAUGGGUUUCAACAUCAAGACCGUCCCGGACUCCACCUUCUACCUCUGGCUCGAUCUCGAGGGACUUCCCGAGGCCAUUAGCGACGGACUGAACUUCUUCCAGGCGUGUCUCGAGGAGAGGGUUAUCGUUGUACCGGGUAUCUUCUUUGAUCUGAACCCGAGUAAGAGGAGAGAUCUGUUUGAUAGCCCUUGUCAUCAUUUUGUGCGCUUUUCGUAUGGGCCGAAGAUGGAUACGCUGAAGAUGGGCCUGGAUGGUAUUCAGAGAGUUGUUAAUAAGUACGUUUCCCUUAUCCCUUCUUCCCUUCCUUUUGCUUUCGUAUAA